AUGCCGGACUUCAACCCGUACGUCGAGCCGCUCAACCCGGCCGCGCAGUACUCGCUCAAGGACCGCGCCCAGCUCGUCGUUGAGAGCUGCCGCCCGUGGGCAGAGUUUCUCGACCCGCACGCCUUCGCCCCGCCGCCCGCGUCCGAGGCGAAGCUCAGGGUCGGCCAUAACGUCGAGGUCUUCUUCUACAACUACCUCGUCCUCGCCAUGGCCCUGCUCGCCGUCUUCGCAGUGUUUCACCCCGUUAGGGCCGUGCUGCUCGCUGCUACGGUUGCGGUCGCCGCCGUGCUUUACAUCCUCUUUCCCGAGGAUUAUCAGGUUACAGAUAAUAUCGUCAUCUCCAUGCCGAUCAAGCAUGCUGUUAUGGCCGUCCUUACCGUUCUGGUCCUUGUGGUCGGGCAUGUCUUUGCGCUGCUGUUCUGGGUCGCCGUCACGUUCGCGCCUAUUGUGCUCGUGCAUGCUUUCCUACGCCAACACUCCGCCGCUCCGGCUGACGCUAACAUUUAA